AAGCUUUUGCGAAGCCAGUAACGCAAGCGCGGUGGCUCUUAGGAUCGACCGCGACUUUGGAUUGGUGUACGUCCAUACUUUGCACCGAUCAUGUCUGCCGAUUUAGCUACCCCGAGUCAUGGGCACACACCCGGAUUUAAACAAUUAAGCCCUCAGGCAGGAUACGCUAUACGGGGGUGUUACUGUCCGUCUAAAACGCCCGCGUUUGCGUUCCUCAUGAUCGGAGGGUCGAAAGUUGCCUCCAUUUGCGGCGUGACUGUGUGUUGUUGCUCCUUUCUCCUUGCUCCUUCAUCCUUUGGUACUUUAAAAAUGCCGUUUGCGCCUUCUUCAACAACAAGCUUGUAAAGGUUAAAGGUGUUUCAUCUGCGAACGUUUGUUAGAUUACUUUAGGGUUUACGGCUGCUCCCGAAGCCCUGUCUCACUUCUGGUC